CUGAGCACCAUAACAAACUGGCGCCUCGCAAUGCCUGCAUGGAUGCGGACCUGGCGACGCCAUCGGCUGGGUCCGACCCUGACGACUCCGCGGACGAGUGCGUUCCCACGGAUCCGGAGAAAUGGCAGCACAGCGACGUGCGCCGAUGGCUGCGCUGGAUGUCCUCAACAUUCGGGGUACGAGCGGCGCGUGCGCAUCUCCUGCCUUCUACCGGCCAGCAACUGCUUCUUCUCACACACCAGCAAUGGCUCGAGGUGUGCGAAGGGGAUGAGAAGGCAGCUCGUACAUUCAGCACAUUCCUGGAGCACGAACAUGCUAGAACAAGGGGGCGCCCCCCACCGCCGCCCCUGCCCGAGCACCAAAGCGAAGCCCGGCCCUCUACGGCUGCCUCGCUAACCGACAUGCAGUCGUAUGCAGGCGUGAGCGGAUGUGCGCGCGGUGGCGGGGGACAGGUGCAGCUGUGGCAGUUCCUUCUGGACGAGCUGGCCAGCGGAGCGCCAGGCAUCUGCUGGGAGGGCCCACCAGGUGAAGGCGAGUUCCGUCUGUCGGACCCGGACGAGGUGGCGCGCCGCUGGGGCCGGCGGAAACAGAAGCCCAACAUGAACUACGACAAACUGUCGCGAGCGCUGCGCUACUACUAUGAUAAGAACAUAAUGAGCAAGGUGCAUGGUAAACGGUACGCGUACCGGUUCAGUUGGGCGGGACUCCGCGCGGCGUGCCAGGCGCAGGCCGAGGCGCCGCCCUACGCGCCCUACCCUGCCCCGCUGGCCUACCCCUCACCCCCUCAGCCUCCCUCGCAACCCCGACAUACUGACGACCAAAUGCCACCGGCAAACCAAUAAAUGGUUAAGGCUAGUGUGAUGUGUUAACUAAAAAUAAACAUUGACAGACAAAAACGUGUAAAUCACAAAAUAUAUUAUGUAAGUACAUGAAAUGUUUACCGGGAAAAGUACAGAAGCUGAUGAUGAAGUAUGUCUUUAUCAUCAGCUUCUGUAGCAGCAACAGAGGUAUUAAAACUACAACACAGAUAUUUAAGUCGGAUUGCAUCAACAAAGGCAACAAAAUUUUUCCAUUUUUAAAUCGACCAUAACAGUCGUGAUUGUGUGUUUUUUGUAUUAAAACUAGGAAUUUAAUUUUAUGUAUAAAACUGUAUUAUAUAAUUUGCUACGAGAGAUUUGGAAGUAUCUAGGAUAAUUUUUUUUGAAAAAUUAUUUUACCAUAUUUAUAGUUAUUUAUGUACAUAUGCCUAGUAUAUAAUAAUAGUACACGACAUCAAACGUUAUACAGGUAUCUAUUUAUUUGCGUAUAUUUUAUAUUGUUUGAGUAUAGCCACAGUAUUAUGUCUAUUAAUACAAUUUACUUUCAUGUAUUGUUUCAGUGUAUAAUAUAAACCAUAUAUACUGGUAAGUAUUUUUCUAACCACUGUUCAAAUUUUCACAAUAUGUUCGGUACUGGAAAUACUAUUACUUCCAAAAAAAUUAUAAUGAAAAAAAAAAUCAAGUAACAAUAAAUAAUUUUAAGUCUGUUUUUAUUUGGAACGAUUGUUAAUAAAGUUUACAAAAUAAAUAAAUAUUCUACUUUCCAUACAAAGUCCGAUCAGCUGAUCAGGCAAUUAGAAUGAAAUCAGGUUGAUUUUCAGAAACUAACAAAUAUGUAUUUGUUAGUUUCUGAAAAUCAACCUGAAAUUUUGAGAAUCAACCCGUUAUCAUAAUCCAAAUCGGCUCCCUUGAAAUUUGUGCAAUGUACAGUUACCCACCCAUAAAAUAAAAUUACAGUUUCAAAAUAUAUGUAAUAUAUGUAAUGUAUGUAAUAUUAUGAAACUGUAAUUUAACUUUAUUAAUUAACUACUGUUUAUUAUUAAGCAUUUAUUUUCAUUUAUUACAUUCGCCCGCGGUGCUAGUUACCGCCAGUCUAUAUUAGAAAUUACAAACCAUAAUAGUUGUAAGCUAGUGAGGCAUAAUAACGAAUUAUACUAUUAAUAAAUAAGUUUAAUUUUAUAAUUAUUUAAAUAGAAAUGAAAUAGGUAUUUCAAUAGAAAUGAAAUAGGUGCACAAAGAAAUGUCACGAUCCUCGAGAAAAGGUACCUUUUACAGAGCAGUCGCUAUGCGCAGCGCAUCACUCACUACGUACCUACCUACAUAGAAUAAAACAAAUUUGCUUUCCGCUGUCUGUAUAUCCCUAUAUAAUAGAGACAGACAGACAGCGAGAAUAGAUCUUUAAAACUACUCAACGAAUUUUGAUGAGGGUUUUUUAAUAGAUACAGUUAUUCAGGAGGAAGGUUUAGGGUUUUACUCAAGCGAAGCCGGAACAGACCGCUAGGCUAAAGUGAGCAAAUGAAACGUCUACUCCAUAAGGUAUCUUUUAUCGUGGAACGUCACAAUACUGGAAGAACUCUGCUACGAACACUGCUACGAACUGGUGCUACGCGGCGACAUCAACGAGCGCCCCACGUUUAUGUAGGUGACACAUAAAGGUCACAAAAAUAAGAAAAAUAAUAAUUACCAGCUUAGCUUAGUAGGUACCUAUAUAUUCAUCUUGUUAGUGUGCAUUCCUCGGUUUUUAGAUGGCGAUACAAACUGGAAGUAAUAAUGUAAGGAAGAUGUAGUAUUACAUCCAAGAUCAAAGUCUGAGAAUUUAUUUAGAGACUAGAUUUUGCCCGCGCCUUAGUUCGUGUGUCCGCUCAUUAAUUAAUAUUUUGGGUUCUAAGCAAUAUAAUUGCGAUGAAACCUAUACAAAUGUGCGAACAAACACUUACAGUUUUAUUAUAUGUAUGAUUAGACCUUCACAAAGACUUUCACAUCAUACUUUAAAUUCAUUAUAAAAAAACUGCAACCUACUGUUAUUUUGGUACGACCACUGUUUAUAAAUGCCGAAAGCAAUUAAUUUAAACAGUGCUAAUUCGUAUCAUGCCAGAAGGGCUUACCAUGUUAUUGUUUUUUCUAGGACAUAGUUUAACAAAGUAGUAUAUGGCCAAGGUCUCGUGAGCAUUGUACCUAAGGAAGAUUUUGUUAAUUAUUUUUGUAAUGUUCCUUGUUAUUUUUGUUGUUUUCUAAAUAAGUACUUGACUUAUUUUUAAUUAUGUUGUAUUAAAAAUACAAAUAUUUUUUAAAUUUCAUUUUAUACUACUGAGUUUCAUGAUGGCUGUAUUUUGCAAUUUGUUAAC